AUGCCAUGGCGUCCACCCAAGCGUCUGCCUUGUUCUGUUACCAAGCCUUUCUGCCAUCUGGCCCUCAUAACCCCAUGCUCCCAUGUCGUCUCUCCCUCCGUCGUAUCCGCCUCUCCCACCUCUCUCCACCUCUCUCCACAUCUCUCCCUAGCUGUGCAGCUCUGCAGCGUGUGUAUGUAUCGCGGCGAGCCACUGCAACCUCUGCCGCCUGCCCUUGUUCCACCUUGCCUUAUCCACCGCACCCCACCUCUCUCCACAUUCCUCCCCCCACCGCAGCUCUGUGCAGCUCUGAAGCGAGUGUACCGCGAUGAGCCGCUAAGCCCGCUGCCUCCUGCCCUCCUGCACAGUCAUGUUGAAGCGUUCUCCACCAAUGGCGCGCUGACGGCUGGCAUCUCGUACCACAGGGCGUUCCUCAGGGGGCUGUGGCGGUUCGGCCGCCCGGUACCCGUGCCGCACAGGGUGCUCGUGUUGUGGGCGGGAAAGGACAAAUACGCCCGCCCGCACAUGGCACAGCCACCUCCCGCCCUUGUGCCCAACGCGCAAGUGGUGCAUUUUCCCGAGCAUCGUAGUCGCGCAGCAGAGAUGCGCGUGAAGCGGCAGCGGGAGGUGCGGCGCCAUGUGCGCUUCUACCGCACGAGCUGCGGCUUCCGCGAGCCGUUCAAGGCCGUCGCGGACGGCACGUUUCUGCACCACGUCACGCGCCUCCGCCUCUCGCCGCUCGCCACGUCACUUCCCAAGCUGCUCGGCUUUCCGACACGUGUGCAUUCUGGCAGAGCUACAGCGCUAGGGGGGCGCGUUUUGAGGCGCCUCAAAAGGCGCGCAGGUGGCAUUCUGGCGGAGCUGCAGCGCCGGGGGGACGCCGUCAAUGCCUCCUCUCCUCUCCUCUCCAUGACAGGACAUUCCGCCUGCCCCCCUCUCAUCCCUCCCCCUCUUUCUCUCCCCCCCCCCUCCGCGGGUGGCAUUCUGGCGGAGCUGCAGCGCCGGGGGGACGCCGUCAAGGCCUCCUCUCCUCUCCUCUCCUCUCCUCUCCUCUCCUCUCCUCUCCUCUCCUCUCCUCUCCUCUCCUCUCCUCUCCGCUCCUCUCCUCUCCUCUCCUCUCCUCUCCUCUCCUCUCCUCUCCUCUCCUCUCCUCUCCUCUCCUCUCCUCUCCUCUCCGCUCCUCUCCUCUCCUCUCCUCUCCUCUCCUCUCCUCUCCUCUCCUCUCCUCUCCUCUCCUCUCCUCUCCUCUCCUCUCCUCUCCUCUCCUCUCCUCUCCUCUCCUCUCCUCUCCGCUCCUCUCCUCUCCUCUCCUCUCCUCUCCUCUCCUCUCCUCUCCUCUCCUCUCCUCUCCUCUCCUCUCCUCUCCGUGGGGGGACUUUUCGCCACUGUCCCCCUCAUCCCUCUCAGAGAGAGAGGGAGACGCCCCCGCUCUCAUCUCCCUGCCUCACUGUGCUCCAUCCGAUCAUCUCCCUGCCUCCCACCCCCCCGAUGAUCCUCUCCGCUCCUCAAAAGGCGCGCAGGUGGCACAUUGGCAGAGCUACAGGGCUAGGUGAGCGCCUUUUGAGGCACUUUAAAAGGCGCGCAGGUGGCAUUCUGGCGGAGCUGCAGCGCCCAGGGGACGCCGUCAAUGCCUCCUCUCCUCUCCUCUCCAUGACAGGACAUUCCGCCUGCCCCCCUCUCAUUCCCCCCCUCUUUCUGUCCCCCCCCCUCCGCAGAUGCACUCUGGCGGAGCUGCAGCGCCUGGGGGGCAGCUUUAAUGCUUUUUCUCCUUGCUCUUCGUGGGAAGACUUGCUGAUGGCCCCCAUUGUAGCUUUUGAGUCGACUCAGAAGUCACCGGGCGGGCGGGGCGCCUUCAAGGACUUCUCUCCUCUCCCCAUGACACGAUGUUCCGCCUGCCCCCCUCUCAUUCCCCCGCCCCUCACCUUUCCCCACCACCCAAACCCCCUCCCCCAACCCCCCCCCCCUUCCCGCAGGUGCAUUUUGGCGGAGCUGCAGCGCCUGGGGGAUGCUUUCAAGGACACGCGCUUUGCUGCCCGCCAGCUGGAGGUCGCCAGGUGCACGCAUGAGGGCGACGAGGCAGUGACGGCAUCGGAGUGCAUACAGCACCUCGUCGCGGGUGGUAACCAGCAGCACUUCUUCGUGGCCUCGCAGGACAUUGAAUUCAAGAAGCUUCUCAAGAAGGUUCGUCCAGGCCCAUUUUCUAGUCAAAGAUGGCACAGAGAUGCCACGUGCAGCUCUUCUCCACGUGCAGCUCUUCUCCACGUGCAGCUCUUCUCCACGUGCAGCUCUUCUCCACGUGCAGCUCUUCUCCACGUGCAGCUCUUCUCCACGUGCAGCUCUUCUCCACGUGCAGCUCUUCUCCACGUGCAGCUCUUCUCCACGUGCAGCUCUUCUCCAGGUGCAGCUCUUCUCCAGGUGCAGCUCUUCUCCAGGUGCAGCUCUUCUCCACGUGCAGCUCUUCUCCACGUGCAGCUCUUCUCCACGUGCAGCUCUUCUCCACGUGCCGCUCUUCUCCACGUGCAGCUCUUCUCCACGUGCAGCUCUUCUCCACGUGCAGCUCUUCUCCACGUGCAGCUCUUCUCUUCUCUUCUCUUCGGGGGUUUCCCUCUUGGUUUGUCUUUUGACAAGCACUGUCCCCACCCCCUUCUUGCCUCCUUCCCUGCACCCCACUCAACCCUCUCCUUCAUUCCUCCCCACCCCGCGCAGGUGCCAGCAGUGCCAAUCAUCUCAGCCAAUGGGACGUCAAUCUCCCUCGAGCCGCCCUCUCCUCUCGACCUCUCCCUUUCCAAGAAAUCCGAAUCUGCCCGGCUCGGGCUGCCCGAACACGAGCAGCAGCAGCUGCUGCUGGCGCGGGCAGCCAAGCGAAAGAAACGAAUCGAGGAGACACAGAAAGGGCUUGUUCCUACAGUCGUCGACAGGACGAGGCAGCGAGGCGAUGUUGCUGGGAGCGAGAGAAAAGCAGAAACGGGAGUAGAGGGAGGAGGCGAGGGGGAGGGUGUUUCUGGGAGUGAGGGAGAAGGGAGGGAUGGGGCAGGUGGUGAAGGGGUGGAGGAGGGGGUCGGGGGGGCAGGAGGGGUAAAUUCAAAUGCAGAUGCGUAUGGGUAUGGAUAUGAUUCAGAGGAGGAGGGAGAGGAGAGGAAGCCGGAGUGGAAGCGGCUGGGGUAUGUGAAGGACCGGGCCAAGUUCAAACGGAAGCGAGUGAAGGGACCCAACCCUCUAUCAUGCAAGAAGAAGGCCCGCCCAGCAGGGGGAGUGGGGAUUGAAGGAAAGAGACAAGGGAUGGAUGGAGCAGGGCCGAAAAAGAGGCAGAGGAGACGGCGGAAGGGAGGCCAGGCGGCUGAAGGAGGUGCGGUGGAUGGGAAUGGUGGAGCCUCUGAAUAG